CGACGGAACUUACCUUCCGCCCUUAUUGUUCCUACACGGAAGGAUUUUAAUUUACCGGAAUCGAUCGGCGUUAAAGGACAAAGCGAAAAGGAGGUGCUCUUAAUGUGAGUAAGCCUGCGGGGCCGAGCGGAAGUCUUGGUUCACACGCCGCGGAGAGCAUCCUGGGGGCCGGAAGGAGGUAGAAGCUUCUGCAGGCGACCGGAGCGCCGGCAAACUCGUGUGGUACGAGAGCGCGUGGCUGUUUCAAGAGGCGCGUUGCUGAAGCGCGUGGCUCUCGCGCGGAAGACAGAGGUGGCCGAAAGCCCGACCUUGGUGUAGAACCGGAGACUGUGAGCUAUGGUGGGGAGAUCCCGGAGGCGCGGAGCGGCCAAGUGGGCAGCUGUGCGAGCCAAGGCAGGUCGCGGCCCAGCGGACGAAAAGGAAGACGAUUUAGAAUUGCCACCCUCACCAAGGGACUCCAGCUACUACCAGGAUAAGGUAGAUGAUUUCCAUGAGGCCCAAUCUCGAGCUGCCUUGGCUAAAGGCUGGAGCGAAAUAGAGAGUGGGGAUGAGGAGGCGGAUGGCGAUGAUGAGGAGGAAGAGGUGCUAGCCCUAGAUAUUGCUGAGGAGGACGAUGAAGAUGGAGUGAGUGCGGGGGAUGAGGAGGACGAAGAGGACGAUGAUGGCAGCUCCGUGCAGAGUGAGGCCGAGGCCUCUGUGGAUCCCAGUUUGUCGUGGGGUCAGAGGAAAAAACUUUACUAUGACACGGACUAUGGUUCCAAGUCCCGAAGCCGGCAGAGUCAACAAGAAGUAGAGGAUGAGGAAAAAGAGGAGGAGGAGGAGGCACAGCUCAUUCAGCGGCGCCUAGCCCAAGCACUGCAAGAGGAUGAUUUUGGGGUCACCUGGGUGGAGGCCUUUGCAAAAUCGGUGCCUCGGGUAGAUGAGGCUGAGACACGAGUCGUGAAGGAUUUGGCGAAAGUUUCCGUGAAAGAGAAACUAAAGAUGCUGAAGAAGGAAUCACCAGAGCUCUUGGAGCUGAUAGAAGACCUGAAAGUUAAGUUGACAGAGGUGAGGGAUGAGCUGGAGCCAUUGUUACAGUUGGUGGAGCAAGGGAUCAUUCCACCUGGAAAAGGAAGCCAAUACCUGAGGACCAAGUACAACCUCUAUUUGAACUACUGCUCCAACAUCAGUUUUUAUUUGAUCCUGAAAGCUAGGAGAGUCCCUGCACACGGACAUCCUGUCAUAGAAAGGCUCCUUACCUACCGAACUUUGAUUAACAAACUCUCAGUUGUGGAUCAGAAGCUGUCCUCUGAAAUUCGUCACCUACUCACACUUAAGGAUGAUGCUGGAAAGAAAGAACUGAAUCUAAAAGCAAAAUCCACCAAGGUCAAACCAAAAUCUGUUUCCGAGACUGUUGCUGCCGCCUCUGCUGUUACAGAUCUUUCUGAUGAUUCUGAUUUUGAAGAAGCUGCACUGAAAUACUAUAAAGAAAUAGAAGAUGGGCAAAAGUUGAAAAGAAAGAAAGAAGAAAAUAGUACUGAAGAACAAGCUCUUGAAGAUCAAAAUGCAAAGAGAGGCAUUACCUAUCAGAUUGCUAAAAACAGAGGACUUACACCAAGGAGAAAGAAGAUCGAUCGCAAUCCCAGAGUGAAACACCGGGAGAAGUUCAGAAGAGCCAAAAUUCGUAGAAGAGGCCAGGUUCGUGAAGUUCGUAGAGAAGAGCAACGUUAUAGUGGUGAACUAUCUGGUAUUCGUGCAGGGGUUAAAAAGAGCAUUAAGCUUAAGUAAAGUUUUUGCUUUAAGUUUUUUGGCCAUUUUAGAUCAAUAAAUUUGAAUUUUUAACUGGUGAA